GUCUUAUGGCUGUUCCAGGAAAGGUGGCAACUUUCCAUCUGCCUCCCCUGCCAACUGUUGGAGAGAUAAUUAAACUCUUUCGCCUUAAAGCACAGAAACAACUUUCCCAGAACUUUCUACUGGAUUUGCGAUUGACAGGCAAGAUAGUGAAACAAGCUGGCGCACUCAGAAAUGCCCAUGUUUGCGAAGUGGGCCCUGGGCCAGGAGGAAUUACCAGAUCCAUUCUCAGUGCUGGUGUUGAACAACUCCUUUUAAUUGAAAAAGAUGCUCGAUUUAUUCCAGGAUUACAGAUGUUAUCGGAAGCAGCUCCAGGAAAAGUGCGCAUUGUUCAUGGAGAUAUCCUGACAUAUAAGAUGGAGAAGGCUUUUCCAGAGCACUUAAAAAGGAACUGGGAGGACGAGCCACCAGAUGUACAUAUCAUUGGGAAUCUGCCCUUCAGUGUUUCAACUCCUCUAAUCAUCAAAUGGCUUGCAAAUGUUUCCAAAAAAGAUGGACCUUUUACUUACGGCAGGACGCAGAUGACAUUGACUUUUCAGAAGGAAGUUGCAGAGAGGCUUACAGCUAAUCCAGGAGGUAAGCAACGUAGCAGACUGUCCAUCAUGUCUCAGCAUCUCUGCACGGUUGAAAACUGUUUCGUAAUUCCAGGUCAAGCCUUUGUUCCAAAGCCAGAGAAAAAGGCCAUAGUUGACUGA